GCGCGACGCCAUCUUACGCACCACAUGACCUCGUUGCCGUGUCCCGUGACCAGCUCACGUGAAUUUCGACAAAUUCAAACGUUUUUUUUUUUUUCGGCGCCGAGGGAUGGACAUUUUGGAGCAGCAGCUCGAACAGCAAGAUGUCAGCGUCAAGGAGGACGCCGGCGGCACGACGGGGAUCAUUAUAGAGGAGACGGAGAUUGUGGACGAAGGGGAACCCGUUGGAGAGGACGAGAUGCGCUAUCCAGAGACUUUGGCGUACCGAGUUGUCCAGGUGAAUGGCACGGCGGCUAUACAAUCGGCCAACGAGAUAGAGCUGCCCGUGUCGCAACCAGGGAAUAACACUGUACAGGUUCUAACGUCACCUUUGAACGGCCAGUUUUAUGUAAUCGGGAAUGCCAACGAUGUCUUUACCACAGCUCAGGCGUCGAGAUCGUUGGUGCCGAGAGCGGCCACGUUGCAGAUAGAAACCCCGAGGAACUGUAGUCCCGGCAUGAAAAAGAGAGACGACAGGCGGAGAGCGACGCACAACGAAGUGGAGCGCCGGCGUAGAGAUAAAAUAAACAAUUGGAUUACAAAGUUGGGCAAGAUUAUCCCGGACUGCAAUAGUGGGACUAACACCACUGUCAACAGCGGCAGCGGAGAAGGGAAAGCAAACUACGAAACUCAGAGUAAAGGAGGUAUCUUGGCGAGAGCCUGCGAGUACAUAGGAGAAUUGCGCGUGGCUAAUCAGAGCCUGGGUCAAUGCUUGCGCGAUAACGAGAAGCUACGGCAGGAGAUUACGGCGCUGAAGCAAUUAGUUAACCAAUUGAAACGUGAGAAUCUUCAAUUUAGAUCGCAGUUAUCGAACUCGCCGUCGGCCGGUAGUACCGAAGUUGUACAUUUAAGUCCUUAAGCUUCCUCUAAUUUGCAAAUCAGUGGCUCUUUCUGUAAAUAUUAGAAUUUCUUCUCGCACGAGGAAAUCUGAUAUUUUGUUUUUUUUUCUCCCUGGCGACUGCACCGGUCUUAUCAAGUUUUAAAAUACCUUGAAUUCCAAAAUCAAAUUGGGUACUUCUAAUAGUAAAGUUAUAACUGCACAUUUAUAAGUACAGCAUUAAUUCUGUGUAAUUUAUAGCGAAUUUAGUUGCUUGCACUAGUGCGCACUGAGUGCAUACUAAAGCUUGUUUACAGUAAAUUCUUACAUUUAGGGAUCGUAAACGAGCCUUGUAGCGAAUUCGGCAGCGUACACUAGUGCGCACUGAUUGUGAGUAAACAAACUAAGGUUUGUUUACAGUCAAUUCUUAUAUUUAAGGAUUGUCUAAAAUACUUUUUGAAAUACUUCUUAGUCAGUAAGAUGAUCUGUAUAGGAUUCGUACGGAUCAUUUUUUUGGCUAAAUAGUUUUUGGGCAUGUACUUGAGACGUAAUAGAAGAGUAGAUUCUAAAUAAACCUUGGUGUGCACUCAGUUCGCACUAGUGCACGCUGCCGAAUGUGCUGUUAGAUCUGAUUAUAUGACUUUUGACUAUAAACAAUCCUUAGUGUGCACUCAGUGCGCACUAGUGCGAGCAAUCGAAUUCGCUAUUGGUUUCAAAUAUCAAUUUUUAUUCAACAAGUAAUACGUUCUAUUUUACACAGUGAUACGCAAACAUAUAUACGUAUAUAAGAGCAAGCGAAAGUUGCUCUAAAACUUGGAAAGAAAGAUCUCAAUGAUGACCAUUCAUAUCAAACAUUGUACAAUGCUCAAAGUACUACAGUAUAACAUGUACACUAGGAAUCACUGAUGCCUUCCCAUUUGAAUUUAGGCACAUGUAGAAUAUACAUUUUGUUACAUCGCUCAUUUGGUGCAAUAAUAAUAUAGCUCGAAAAUCGCCCUCAUUGAGUUAUUAGUACAGGGAGAGAGGUCGUUGCAUAUACUAAAACUUUAAUCGUGUCUCCUGAAAAAUCUUCAGUUAUGUCAUUGUGUAGCAAAUGAGCGAUAUAUAUGUCUAAAAUGUAUAAAUGUGUUAAUAUCCCACAAAUUCAUGUGGGAAGGCGUCAAUGACUCCUAGUGUACACGCACUGGCGGAAAUGCUGUCCGUGUCUAUGUGAUUCGCACACAACGUCGGGUCUCGCACACACUCCCGCCUGUAGGUGAGGUACCGAAAGUGGAGAUUGCCUCUCGAGCGGCAGGGACUGACGGGACACAAACAUAGCAACGGCGAUAAUUAUUUGGAACUGUUCCAAAUAAUUAAUUAUCGCGGUUCCGUCGAGGAAGCGAGCAGCCUUCCCUUUCGACAAGGUGACGUCUCGUUUGAGGAAGACCUGCACUCGACUAACUCGUACUAUAUAUCUAAUAUAUGAGGUUUAAUAUAUAAUAUUAUUGAUAUAUGUUAUUGUUUUUAUGUGUGCAGUAAUAGGGAGCGAGAAUUAAUUAUUUCGAACAGUUCCAAAUAAUUAUCACUCCGUAUUACUGCACACGUAAAAAUAAUAUGCACACGUAUCAAUAAUACAUAUUGGAUACAUAAUGCGAGUUGCGUGCAGCUACUCUUGAAACGGGCCGCGAAAAGCUCAUGAAAAAGCUAUCGCGUCACCGCAUAUAGCUCACCUACAGGGGAGAGUGUGCGCGUGGUCUUGAUCGAUGCGUGCGGGUCACACAUUUCCGCCGGUGCGUAUACAUAUAUUGUGUGAUUAUGUUAUAUAUGCUGAUUUUUCAAAAUUAUUGGAAAUAUAUUGUGUAUUUGAACGAUUAGAUGAAACAGAAGGUAUAACAGCCGUGUAGUUAUGACUGUUACAUGGAAGGCCUAUGACAUACAGAUGUAACUGGCGUAUGUUGAAAUAUCAUGGCUGUGAGUUUCGAAAUAUUGACACAACUUUACAAUCCUUUUUUUAUCGGAAAACUUGAACAGCGGUGCAACCGAAGUUACUUUGAGGAAGGAAGCAAUUUUUGUGUCGACUCGUGAAGUCCGCAGACAAACGAAGGAUAGGAACCGUGCAGAGUUAAUUGACUAUUUUUUAUUUUUAAUACUGUUUUCAUAAUUAUAGAAAUAGAGUAUCUGAUAGAAUGAGUUUAGGAUUCAAAUUGUUAGUGAUCAAUUAUACACAUAUAUGUAUACUUGCACAUGUAUGCAUACUUUUGAAAUCGACAUACAUGUGACAAUAACAUAUUUUUGUCAAUACAAGAUGGACUUUGUGUGGAAAAAGAAAGAAGCGUCAAAAUUUUACUUUACCAAACGUUAGAUAUCAGAAUGUAACAUACCGUUGAUGUAUAUAUCGCGAGGUUAUUGUUAUAUAAUUAUGAUUAAAGGGAGACUAUUAAGAAA